UUCCUUUCUGGAAAUGAUUUUCGUCUCUAACCAUGUUGAGACUCUCUUUUCUCAUUCUUUCAUUCUGACUUGCUCCUUUUCCUCUCAUUUACAACUGCAUCUGAAUAGAUCUUCUGACAAUCUUGCCAUGGGGUGCGGACUACGAAAGCUAGAAGACCCAGAUGAUAGCAGCCCUGGAAAAAUAUUUUCUACGUUGAAGAGACCGCAAGUGGAAACAAAGACUGACUCUGCUUAUGAAUAUGUAUUGCUGGAUUUUACUUUAGAAGUGUCCUCAAAUCCAGAAGUUAUCAAGAUCAGUUCUGUGUUGGAUAUAGCAACAAAAGUGGAAGAAUAUUACAUCAAAGGAUAUGUUGUAGGAGCAAUUCAUCCUAUUAUAUUACCUGUUGGGCGAAGAAAGCACUUUCCUGCAAGUUAUUUGUAUCGAGUGGUACUAUCACGACUCAAAUUAAGCCCGAAGCAUACAGCACUUAGAAGACAAAGACACCCCAGGCUUUUGAUUGAGGAAUGUCCUUUAAUGUAUGAAACACUGACAAAUGAGGUAGUGAAAGGAUUGUUAGAAAAGGUCAAUGAAGCUGCUAAAAGAGGGAAGAAGUUUGUUGGAUUUAUAACACAGCAUUUUCCUCAACCUAAAUUCUGUAAUGGCACAAACACAGAUGGAAAUGUGGACUCUGAAUCAGCACUAAGUAUAAAGAGUAGAGAGCACAGGAAAUACAAUUAUGACGAAAACUAUAAAAACUGGAAUGAAGGGACUUUGAGUGGUCAGUCAUCUGAGAGUGGAAUAGAGGAAGAAAUUCAGCCAGAAAGGGGACAGUUACAGGAUGCUGAUUUCUCCAGCCCUACUAAACCAAGAAAAGGAGAAGAUAAAUUAUAUACAGUCUUCAAUGUUUUUGAUGAUGACUCAACCUGCUGGACCUAUCAUGAGGGCAUUUUGUCUAUGAAAGUAACAAGAAAAGGGGCAGUCAUUAGUACUCUGGAUGCAGAUUGGCUAGAACUAACCACAUUUUAUUAUAAACAAGGAUUGUCAUUAAUUGAUUCUUUUGUAUCCUGGGAAACUUCUAAAGGAGACCACAUGACCAAAUCUUUAGAAGGAUUAUUUAUAUAUGAAGAAGGUGGUUCAGGAGUUCCAGGUUCUAACAGGAAAGGAAAUGACACAAUAGUUGUAGAACAAUGGACUGUCAUUGAGGGAUGUGAAAUUAAAACUGAUUAUGGACCUUUACUGCACACGCUGGCUGAGUUUGGAUGGCUUCUUACAUGUGUACUGCCUACACCGAUCAUCCGACAUGACAGUGCUCAAACAUCUCUUGUGUUUCAGAAAAAAUCCACAAGGCAGCUCAGAAGUGACGAGAAAGGCAAAGUCUCUAGCAGAAGUAUUGGAUUAGACACAGCUAUGUCUCACCCUGCAGAAAGUGAGCAUCCACCUGAUGAGUUUCAUCUGUCUCCUUCUAAACCAUGUUGGAUCAAGGAGGGAUCUGCCCAAUAUGAAAGCUUCUCAGGAUUCAAUAGCAGCGAUAGUGUGUUAAGGGAAAUGGAUGAUGGACAGUUCGAGCAGGAAGAUGGAGCCACUCAGGUCACGUGUAUGUGACCAAGUAAGUAACUGUAUUGGAGGGAACUGUAAAUAAUUAAAACAAAUGUAAAGACUGAAUUUACUACAUUACUUUAUAUGCAUUUGUAUAAUCCUUUAGUUUUCCCAGACCCGUGUUUAUAUAUCUUUUGCUACUUUCUAGAGUUAUACCGUUAGCAAAUAAUACUACUACUGUAAAAUACCUUGUGUUUAUGUCUGUUCUUAAUGGAACAUUGCAUUUCUAGAACUCUGCUAACUUCAUUGGUGAUAUUCUCAAUGAUGCUUAUAAACAACAGGGAAGCAAACUUGGCUGAUCAGAUAUGGCUUGUGGUCUAAGAGACAGUGGAGUGGGAAAACAUAAUGCUUUCCACAAGUAGGGGGAAAUGGUAUUUUUCUAAAAGAGUAUCGCAAAUUUUGGAGGAUUUAAAAAAAUUAACUAUAAAGUACUUGACUGUCCUUUUAAGUUUUAAUUGCAAUUUUCAGUUUAUUUGCCUUGCCUAAAUCCAGAAUCUGUUAAAUCUAGAAAUGUCAGUGCUGCACUUUCAGUCUCAAUGAGAGUACUGUAGCCGGAUGUACCUAACACACAAAGCCACAUUCCAGCUUGCAUACGUGCACACUGUUAAAACCAAAGGCAAUGGGAGUGUGUGUGGUGGAUGUUUUCUGCCCUCAUUCAGUUACAUCUAAAAGAAAGGAGCUGUCAGGGACAAUCCAAAGGGCCUCCUAGGACAUGGUCAGCACAACUAAGUAUUACCUUACCAAUCAAUGGAAACAGAUCAUUUGGAAGGCUAUGCAAAGAGUGUUACCAGUAAGAUUAUGGGUGCAUACUAAUGCUGCUUGUAUGUAGCUCUGUUUUGGGGGCAGUCAUGUGGAGAGGCAAAAUUUGACCCAUAGGAUCAUAUAUGAAAAUAUAAAAGCUAUGUCUCAACUGAAUACAUAUAUCAGUGUGUGUAAAAUGUAUUCACCUGUUCAUAAAGUUCCUGGUUGGAAGAGACUUGCUUGCAGAUGUAAUUAUGAAAACUAUUAUAGAUCAGCAUCUUCAAGGAGAGUAGCUCAAGAGGCUUGAGUACUGAGAAACCCUAACAUUGACAGAGGUGUGUUGGAAGAGGUGUUAAUAAUGAUCUUCUACAGCUGUAUUGCAAUAAUACUUAAUUCAGUCACUGCCUAAUUUGAUCAGCCAUUUAGCUUAUUAAAAACCUCUGGAACCAAGUCAUUAGUAUAAAAAUAAAUUAACAGCUUUCAUCCUUUAUUCUGAUCAAUGUUGGGCUCUUUAGGCUGGUAUUGUAGUUCAGUCAUUGCCUAUAGAAAGUUGCCAUUUAAUAGAGAAUGCAAAAUUUUUAAAUGAGAAAAGGAUGGAGAGUGGGGGAAGCCAAAGAAAAAUGCAUGUGCCGAUGAUAAAGGUGAUUGAAUAAUGCAAGUUUUAGUUGCAAUCAAUCACUGUUAUGGACAUUAUAAGCACAAGCUGUGACAUGCACCGUCACAAGACAUUUGAUUAUAACAGGAUCAAUCACUAAUUUCAUUUAAACUGAUGGGAACAGAUUUUGGCCAAAAUAAGAAUGGCACAGUACUAAAUGUAAUUAAAUGACAAUCAGGGUCCUUUUACUACAGUUGGAUGGAAGGAAGGCCUCGCUUAACUGACCCUUCUCUUUCUUUAACCACUUUGCACACACGAUGCAUUAGGUAAAAUUUCCCUCCAGUAUUAUCCCAUAUACAUCCCCUUUGAAGUGGCUCUAUUCCAGUAGAAUAUUUAUACUUCAAAAAAGACCACUGUGUUCAAAGGGACUUCUGGCCAAGACUGGCAGUAUGAUGGAAUUCACAGUAGACAGAAGGAAUGAUAAUUGGAUCCUCAGGGCCAGCAGGGUGGUGAGAACAUGUUUAUGUUAUUACUGUGUAAUGAGCAACACUGAAUCAGGGAAAGGUUUAGUGCUGUUUCAAUUCAAUUCAGUUCCAUGGGGUUGUUUGUUGUUGU